AUGCCUGACAAAGAUUUCGAGGAUCUGACCGCACGCCCACCGAUCCGCCCGGAUGGCGCUGUACCUCAGUCCUUUAACUACCUCGGGCGCUGUCCGGCUUUCAGUACCACCACAGUACUCGACCUCCUGCUCCUCGUUCUCAACUCGCGCGGCAAUGUCGAAGUCGAUGAUCUUGAACUGCCCAGCACUGGCGUUGUAGACGAGGUUGUCCAGCUUCAGAUCGAGAAGAGCAACUCCGUGCUUGUGGAGAGAGUCUUCGAUGACAGGGGCCAGUCUCGGGAGGAUGAGAUAAGCCACACCACCAACAACGAAGCUAUCAACCAGGGUGAUGCACGGCGAGGGUCCUCACCCCCCCACAAACCGGCCUCGAAACGCAAGAAAAAGGACUCUGUCUGCGCCAACGACGAUGCGACGAAUCCGCAGUGUGCCCCUCCCCUCGCGAUAGGGUUGUGGGCUGGCACGUUCUCGACGCACCGCCCUCACUCUUCCCAGCCAUACCCAUUUCGCCACUCAACCUCACCCGACCUCGCCCUCUCGCGCCCUCUCUUGCCUCUCACGUCCUCCCUCGUUCACGCCUCGCCUACCCGCUCGUUCAGCCCCCAUCCACCCAGCAGUGCCGCUGCCUCAACUCCCCGCCCAUCCGACUAUGACCGCGGUGAAUACGGGUGA